UCAGCUGAUUCGAAUCUUCGUUGCUCUUCCUACGGAUCAAAGUCCAGCAUUAAAAAGGCUAAAUUUUGCAGUUUCAUUUGCCACCAUGAACAAGCUUGCAUUUAGUACCGUUUUCUCCACACUCAAAACGAUGGCCCGUCCAGGAGCACCGGUUGCGCCACACAUCGCACGUAAUCUGUGCGCCGCGGCCAACGCUUCUACCGAUGCGUCGACGAAGUACAACUUCAAAACACUGAAACUGUCCACGCCGAGCCCGUUCGUGGUGCACGUCGAGUUCAAUCGGCCCGAUCGUAUGAACGCGUUCAAUCGGCAGCUGUGGACGGAGAUCAAGGACUGCUUCGACCAGCUGCACAACGAUCCCGACUGCCGGGCGGUGGUACUGUCCGGCGGUUCCUCCAAACACUUUACCGCAGGCAUCGAUCUGUUCGAUAUGAUGAAGCUGGGCCAGGAGAUGGGAGCCAUCGAGGAGGUGGGUCGACGGGGCCGCCUGCUCGAGGGCACCAUCAAGCUGUACCAGGACUGCAUCAGCUCGCUGGAGCACUGCUACAAGCCGGUCAUCGUGGCGGUACAUUCCGCUUGCAUCGGGGCCGGCCUUAACCUGAUUACGGCGGCUGACGUGCGGUACUGCACGCGGGACGCCUGGUUCUCGCUGAAGGAGGUGGACAUCGGGCUGGCGGCGGACGUUGGCGCACUGCAGCGGUUCCCGCGUGUCGUCGGAAAUCAGAGCUGGGUGCGGGAGCUUGCCUUUACCGCGCGGAAGUUCGCUAGCGAUGAAGCGCACAGCCACGGGCUCGUAUCGCGGCUGUUCGACAAUCGGGAAGAGUUGCUGCAGGGUGCGAUCAAGCUGGCGGAGGAGAUCGCGAGCAAGAGCCCGAUCGCGGUGCAGGGAACGAAGAAAAACAUCGUCUACUCGGCGGACCACACGGUGCAGGAAGGGCUCGAUCAUAUCCGCGCUAUUAACAUGCUGAACUUGCAGAGUGAAGAUUUCCUGAACGCGAUCAUGGCUUCGCAGAGCAAGGAAACGCCGGUAUUUGCUAAGCUGUAACGGAAAGGAGGGCGGAGGGAACGCUUCGGAAAGGCAAGGCCGGAGUGCAAAUAAAGUGGUGGUACCGACGAGGGGCCUCGAUUUUUCUACGCUA